AGGUGGGUUUACAAAAAUAAACACAUAAAUAUAUUGGAAAACAUUUUGGAGAUUUGUGACAAUGUGACAAAACUCACAAAUGAAUCACAUAGCCCAGAAAUACUGAAAAAUUAGGAAAAAGUUAGGUCUGUCACAAAUGCACAAAACGGAUGUAGAUACUGGUCUAUUGUAUCAUUUACUAUCAUAAAAUAUACACAAAUUUUUACAAAGCUUCAGCAGAAAGCCUAUAUAGAUAUAUAUAUGAAUUUUAUGCAAAGUUAAAAUUUAUCAAAGCAUACAAACACAGACCAUAAUGCAUGAUGCCACUUGUAGUUGAGAGAAAUGUAAACAAAUGUAAAGAUGCAGUAUUAAAUCAUAACUGCAUAAAAUUAACUAUAGAAAUACUGUACUACUAUAAAUAUUUUGUAGCCACCUCCUGUUGCUAUUGCAGUGAGCUCAAGUGUUGCAAGUAUCUGCUUAAAAGGUGAUGCUAAUCAUCUCCAACUGAGCAGUUCUUCUUUCCAGAAAAUUGCGUAUCGCAGUAAAAAGUGAUCUCUCAGGGUUUUUGCCUAUUUUUCAUCAAUGUUUAGUGCAAUACCAUAAACCUUGAAUAAUGCCAUGAUACCCAUACAGAUUGCUACUAGUGGUGCUGAAAGUGCUCCCAAAAAGCAGAGAAAAGUUAUGAUAUUACAAGAAAAAAUUGAAUGGCUUAAUAUGUGUCAUAGAUUGAGGUCUGCAGCUGUGAGCUGUGGUUGACCACCAUUGCAAGAUAAAUGAAUUCAGUGCAAGGACCAGUGAAAAAAAAAAAAAAGAAGAUGAAGAAAGAAGAAAGGAAAAGAUAAGAAAAGAAAAAAGAAAGAAAAGGUGAUUUGUAAAGCUGUCACUUGCAGCUACACCAGCAGGGGGAAAAACCUUGCACUUUUUCCAAAAUGUCUUUUUAUCUCAUAUUGAAAUGCAGCUUUUAUGUGGGAGCAGGAUUGCUAUAAGAAACACAUACUUGGCUCUCCAACGCCAGCGCCGCCUCUCGCUCGCCGAGCUCCAGCCGAAGGAGAAGGGGGGUAAGUAAGGAGGUCUCUGUACCAUGGCUCGUACAAAGCAGACUGCCCGCAAAUCGACCGGUGGUAAAGCACCCAGGAAGCAACUGGCUACAAAAGCCGCUCGCAAGAGUGCGCCCUCUACUGGAGGGGUGAAGAAACCUCAUCGUUACAGGCCUGGUACUGUGGCGCUCCGUGAAAUUAGACGUUAUCAGAAGUCCACUGAACUUCUGGUUCGCAAACUUCCCUUCCAGCGUCUGGUGCGAGAAAUUGCUCAGGACUUUAAAACAGAUCUGCGCUUCCAGAGCGCAGCUAUCGGUGCUUUGCAGGAGGCAAGUGAGGCCUAUCUGGUUGGCCUUUUUGAAGACACCAACCUGAGUGCUAUCCAUGCCAAACGUGUAACAAUUAUGCCAAAAGACAUCCAGCUAGCACGCAGCAUACGUGGAGAACAUGCUUAAGAAUCCACUAUGAUGGGAAACAUUUCAUUCUCAAAAAAAAAAAAAAAUUUUUCUCUUCUUCCUGUUAUUGGUAGUUCUGAACGUUAGAUUUUUUUUUUCCAUGGGGUCAAAAGGUACCUAAGUAUAUGAUUGCGAGUGGAAAAAUAGGGGACAGAAAUCAGGUAUUGGCAGUUUUUCCAUUUUCAUUUGUGUGUGAAUUUUUAAUAUAAAUGCGGAGACGUAAAGCAUUAAUGCAAGUUAAAAUGUUUCAGUGAACAAGUUUCAGCGGUUCAACUUUAUAAUAAUUAUAAAUAAACCUGUUAAAUUUUUCUGGACAA